AUGAAAAAGACUAAUUCAUAGAAAUAAGUUCAUAGAGCAAGUGGAUUACUUGAUAAAUUCAGAGAAUAUAAAGAAACAUUAAAUAGAAUUCAAAAGGCAUUAGAAUCCUAUUUAGAAGAAAAGAGAAUGGCAUUCCCAAGAUUUUAUUUCCUAUCAAACGAUGAACUUUUGGAGAUUUUAGCUAAAUCAUAAGAUUUUGAUGCAAUUCAAAGAAAUUUAAAGAAAUGUUUUGAAGCCAUUUAUAGACUUGAAUAACCUGAAGAAGGUGCUAGAUCAGUAAAUGGAAUGAUUUCACCAGAAGGAGAGAAGAUUCCAUUUGUAAAGGGUGUUUCAACAAAAGAAGAAGUUGAAUUGUGGUUGAUGAAAAGAAUGAAACAAGGAAAAGUAGAGAGUGAAACCUAAGAAAGAAAUCACUGGUUACUAAAUUAACCAGCUCAAGUAGUUGCCACAAUUUCGAAUCUAAUCUGGACAUAUGAUACUGAAUAAGCUAUUAAUAGUAUGACAGAUGAUUCUACUGCUUUAUCAAAACACUAUAAUCUGUUAUAUGAGUCAUUGAAUGGAUUGACUGCCUUAGUUAGAGGUACAUUGACUCCACUUCAACACAAAGUCAUAGUGGCAUUGAUUACUUAGGAUGUUCAUGCUAGAGAUAUUGUGGAUGCUUUAACUGAUGAAAAUGUUAGUUCAAUCAGUGAAUUCUCAUGGUAAUAAUAAUUAAGAUAUUAUAUGGAUGAAAAUGAUCUAAUAAUAGUGAGAUAAGUUAAUGCUAAAUUAAAUUAUGGAUACGAAUAUUUAGGAGCUACAACAAGAUUGAUGUUGGAUGACAAUUACUGGAGCAUUGAAUAUUAAAUUAGGAGCAGCUCCAGCUGGACCAGCAGGAACAGGAAAGACAGAAUCAAGCGAAGGACUUGGCCAAAGCUUUGGGAAUGUUUUGUGUUGUGUUCAAUUGUUCAGAUUAAAAUUGAAUAUAAGAUGAUGGGACGAUUAUUCAGUGGUUUAGUUUAAUAAGGAGCUUGGGCAUGUUUGGAUGAAUUCAAUCGUAUUGAUAUUGAAGUGUUAAGUGUCAUUGCUCAACAAUUAUUAACUGUAAGAUAGGCAUUAAUCAGAAGAGAUUAAUAAUUUAUAUUUGUGAAUCCAGAUAAACCAAUCAAUUUAAAGGAAGAAGUGGGAGUAUUCAUUACAAUGAAUCCAGGAUAUGCUGGUAGAACUGAAUUACCAGACAAUCUAAAGGUCUUAUUUAGACCAGUAUCUAUGAUGAUUCCUGAUUAUAAAUUAAUUGCUGAAAUCAUGCUUUAAGCAGAAGGUUUUGAAGAUGCCAAGUCUUUGUCAUAAAAGAUGACUCAAUUAUAUCAGUUGAGUUCCCAACAGUUGAGUUAACAGGAUCAUUAUGAUUUUGGUAUGAGAGCAGUCAAAUCUGUGUUGGUCAUGGCAGGAGCAUUAAAAAGAGCAGAUAUCAAUUAACCUGAGGAUGCCGUUCUAAUCAGAGCCAUGAGAGACAGUAAUGUACCAAAGUUCUUAAAAGAUGAUCUACCCUUAUUUUCAGCUUUGAUUAGCGACUUGUUCCCAACUGCCAUUAUUAAGGAAGUAGAUUAUGGAGACUUGCAAAAGUAAAUAGAAAUAUCAUUGGAUAAAAUGAAAUUGUAAAGAGUGCCAAAUUUGAUUACCAAAACCAUUUAGCUUUUUGAAACAUUCAAUGUAAGAUUUGGUGUGAUGUUGGUGGGUAAUACAAACUCUGGAAAAACUUCAUGUUAUAAAUGUUUAGAAAUGACUAUGAGUGACUUAAGGAGACUUAACCAUUAGGAUUAAAGAUAUUAAUUAGUUACAUUCUUAUGUUCUAAAUCGCUAAGUGUAUUUCCAUGGGAGAAUUAUAUGGUGAAGUGA